UCCCAGCGUGCCUUUCUUCGCCCCUACCCUUUCCCCCCUCUCCGUUGACUCUCCUCUCGACUUGGCUGAUCUCCCUCUCUCUCGUUGACAUGGGUGUCAUCCGCAACUUCUUCAACCUGCCCCCCCGGACCCGGCGCAACAUCGGCAUCGGGGUCGGCAUGAUCGCCUCUCUCGGCCUGGCCAUCGACUCGUAUGUCGAGGAGGCCUCCGGAAACCGUGAACUCGGCCAGGAACAGGUCCGCAUGCAGAUGAAGCUGAAGGAGCAGCGCGAGGCCAUCAUGGAACAGAUGAACGCCGCCAACAGCGCCCAGCCUGCCGGGGAGAAGACCAAGUAGGUGUCCCCCCGCAUCGGCCAAGACACCAACAUGUAGGGGAGGGAGGCACCGACGGGGGGAGGUACCUGUGAAAGGGAAGUGGAAGGGGGCGGGCAAAGAGACGAUCAGCACGCAGGGCGUGCCCGAUCACCGGCCACACACCCACAUCCCACGGCCCCCC